AUGCCUACCACAAGAGCUCCCUGGAGAGGCGAUAGAAAGCUUGUUGCAUCCAUCGAUGUCGGAACUACAUACAGUGCGGCUUCAUACUGUAUCCUUGAGAAAGGUAAAGUUCCCGAAUUCAUUCAGGCUCUUCCCGACGCUAAAGUGCCUUCAACAUUAUACUAUGAUCAGGAGGGUAACGCACGGGCUAUUGGCGCAGAUUGCGAUGACGAAGACACAAUAAUGCAAGCCGAACAAAAUGGCUGGAAAAGCGUUGAGUGCUCUUAUCUUCGGCCAGCCCAUUUACCAAUUAUUCGUAAACUCAAGCUCCCAGAUCUUCCUCCCAAAGUAACACCUGACAAAAUAUUUACGGAUUUUCUUCGAUAUAUCAAGGCACAAAUCCAGGCCUCAAUCACAUGCCGACUUGCAGGAGGUGACAAAAAAUGGAAGGAGUUCAGUCCGAGCAUGCACCACCCCAAACGGGUGGGAAGCCCGGACGAAGGUCGACGAGUCAGCUUCGUGACUGAAGCCGAAGCUGCUAUAUUAUAUGCUGCCGACAGUGGGAAUGUAGACGCUUGGCUAAAGAGAGGGGAGCAUAUUAUUCUCUGUGAUUGUGGAGGCGGUACAAUUGAUAUCACGUCAGUUAUCUCCUUCUUCGUUAUAGAACAAUUUCAGUCAAUAUUUACCAGUGGCUAUACAAUAAAAUGCGCAAAACCGCUGAAAUUAGAAGAAUCAAUUGCUUCUUGCUGCUACCUAAAUGGUGGUGUCUUUGUCACGUCUGCGGCCGAAGAGUAUUUAAAAGGCCUUUUUGAGACCGCCAAGUGGGAUAGGCCAUUAUCGGACCAACUUGUUAAACACUUUGAUGAAAAUGCCAAAAGAAAGUUUGCGGAGGGUGACACUCAUAAAUGGCUUCCUUUAAGCCAGGUGGGAGGAGUAAUUGCGGACAUGCCUGCAAUUGGGGUUAUCCAAGGAAGGUUGAAGAUCUCAGCGUAUGCGUUCUUGCCGUUUUGUCUGUAUUCAGAAUCACUCAAGGGCCACUACAGGAAUAAAAUGACAUCUUUUUUUGAUCCGACCAUUUCAACCAUAACAGAAGGACUCGAUACAGCAUUUGAGAACGGGAAUCGGAAAGCUAGUAAAGUCAUAUUAGUCGGGGGUCUCGCCAACUCUCCUUAUGUCCAUUCAAAGCUCUUACAGUGGGGGAAAGCGAAUGGCAUAGAGAUCAGUAGACCCAACGAUCCAACUGUCAAAGCUGUGGCAAAUGGAACUUUAUCAUGGCACCUAGAUGACAUUGUGUCAUUGCGAGUGGCGAAAUGUCAUUAUGGCACUGACUUUGACAUCUCAUUCGUCGAUGAAAGGACGCAAGUCAUUUCUUGA